ACAUUUCUAUCAAAUAUAUCAUGACCUCUCCUCCCUUUCAUUCCAGUAAACAGCUGUCCAAAACAUGGCUAAACCGUACUUUCUUAGUCAUCUACUCCGCCGCGGUUUCUGUUCUUCUCUUCCGUCACAUCCGUAACCUUAUCUACUCUAGCCCAACGUUUAUAUCGUUCACUCUUUUGGUAGCAGAUUUUGUGUUAGCUUUCUUGUGGCUAACAGCCCAAAGUUUUCACUGGAAUCCAAUAGAACGCAAGGUUUAUCCCGAAAACUUGAAACAAGUGAUACCGGAAAGCGAGUAUCCGGAUUUAGAUGUUGUGAUAUGCACGGCCGAUCCAACAAAGGAGCCACCCGUCGGCGUGGUGAACACGGCCUUGUCUGUUUUGGCCUAUGAUUACCCAACGGAUAAGCUUUCGGUGUAUAUUUCGGAUGACGGUGGAUCAGAUAUGACACUGUAUGCGUUCAUAGAGUGUGCCAAGUUUGCCAAGUAUUGGAUACCGUAUUGCAAAAAACAUAAUAUUGUGGACAGGGCGCCUCAAGUGUAUUUUGGAAGUGAUCAUCAUGCUAAUUACUUUCCUGAAACAGAUGAGAUUCAGGCGAUGUAUGAAAGUAUGAGAUCAAGGGUGGAGACGGUGGUCCAAAAUGGCUGCGUCUGCUUGGAUCAAGUGAUGGAAUCGGAAUUCCAUGAUGCUUUCGGCCAAUGGACACCGGAUUUCACAAGACGACAUCAUCCCACGGUCAUCCAGACUAUAUUAGACAACACUGUAGACAAAGAUAUCCGAGGUCGUGCCAUGCCGAAUCUAAUUUAUGUUUCUCGAGAGAAGAAACUCGAUAAACCUCAUAACUUUAAAGCCGGGGCCCUUAAUGUCAUGGUCCGCGUGUCGGGAUUAAUGACAAAUGCACCGAUAGUCCUGGUUUUAGAUUGUGAUAUGUACUCAAACGAUCCUGAAACACCUCUCCGUGUAUUAUGCUACUUCCUGGACCCAAAUGUUGAUCCGAAACUUGCAUUUGUUCAAUUCCCUCAAAGAUUCAGUGGUAUCAAUAAGAGUGAUAUUUAUGCUUCCGAAUUCAUGCCCGAAACACAAAUUUUAAGUCUAGGCAUGGAUGGGUUGUUAGGCGCUCAGUUCAUGGGCACUGGGGGCUUUUUCAAACGACACGUUAUUAAUGACGUCGGAUCACCUAAGCAAAUAAAGACCAAAGAGGAUGUCCUUAAUUGGGCCCAUGAAGGAGCAAGUUGCAACUAUGAGGAGAAUACCCAAUGGGGUUCUAAGAUUGGAUUUCGAUAUGGGACCUUGACCGAGGAUACUUACACAAGCUUUCGACUACAUUGCGAAGGAUGGAAAUCGGUCCUCUGCAAUCCAAGUCGUGAUGCGUUUCUUGGAGGUUCACCCUCCAACUUGAAUGAUGCGCUGACCCAAAUCAAAAGAUGGUACAUGGGAUUCCUAGAAAUAUUCUUUAACAAAUAUUGCCCCCUGACAUAUGGCACUCGGUCGAUGCAUCCUCUUCAAGCUUUAUGUUACACACACUACACACUCCGUUCGUUUUGGUCGAUUCCGGUCAUUAUUUAUGCAUUCUUACCUCAAAUCUCACUCAUCAACUCCUUCCCACUUUUCACAAAGGUUACAGAGGAUGGGUAUAUGCUGUAUGCAUUUCUAUUUCUUGGAGCUUACUGCAAGGAUUUUCUUGAUUUUGUGGUGUUUGGUGGAGGGCCCGUACAAAGGUGGUGGAGCGUCCAAAGAAUGUGGUGGUUGUGGGGGCUGUCGAGCUACCCAUUUGCAUUGCUCGAGUGGUCCCUCAAAUCGGUUGGCUUGUCGACGUUUGGGUUCAAUGUUACAAGCAAAGUGGUGGAUGGAGACCAAAGCAAAAGGUACGAACAAGGAGUGUUUGAAUUUGGAGUUGAUUCGGUUUUAUUUUUCCCAAUUUCUGUAGCGUCCAUGAUCAACCUGAUAUCGUUUGUGAGAGGAGUUAUUGUUGUUGUUCUUAUGAAUGGGAGAUUGGAGGAUUUUUUCGUGCAGAUUUUCGUGGCUGGUUUUGGCGUGUUAAAUAGUUGGCCAAUUUAUGAAGGUAUGUUUUUGAGGCGAGAUCGUGGGAUGAUGCCGUUAAAGGUUACCUUAGCAUCAACGGUGACUACAAUCGUGAUUUGCGUGGCAUCCUUUCUGGUUUUCUAAACUUAAGUUGUAUUAUUACUUAAAAAUUAAAUAUGCAUCUUUUUACAAUAUUUCUUUGGUUCAAUAUAUUGUACCUACGUAACGUUGUUACCUUAUCUUUCAAACCCGACGAUGUAAUAUGAGUAAAUCAUUUGGUUUAA